AAUCUAUUGCUGUCUGACGAUCGGUAAUACGUGAAACUGAAGUAGCAGCACAUUAAAUUUUUUUAAAUAUUUUAUUUUUAAUUUUUUUCAUUUUGAACAACAUAUUAAGCUCUGCGAAUUUCCCGCAUCGAGCACUGUACUCGUUUUGGCUCCAACAACCAAGCAAGUUAUAACACAAGUAUUCCGUAUCGUCAUGAGACCAAAAUAAAGCAAUAUGGUUGACUUUUCAAACAUAUCGACGUUACCCUACUAGCAGGCUUGCUUUAUGGUGCGUUCUGACCGUAUCAAAAAUAUAGUACCAAGCUUAACCUCCUCGCGCUCUACACCGUAUCUACCACCCCCAAAAGAGCAUGAGCAUGCUCUCAAUAAGGAAAAAAGCUUGCGCGAGUGAGUUUUUCUAUUAACGAUUCCAGCGCAAUUGAGGUGAUGAAAACCUCUCGAGUUAGUUUUGCCUUGGUGAUGAUAAAUUUUGACCGUCAAUCUGUAGGUCAUUUAGACUUCAGUCACAACGUCCGUUGAAGAAUCUCAUGACAACAGCCGACGGAUGUGAUCAAAGAUCUGCAGGAAUUGGAAACAUAGCUUAUGUCAAAGACUUGCAAACAGAGAAAAUUGUCUCUACAAAGUUACGAUGUUCAAAAUUUGGUUUCGCUCAUCAUAUUGUACUUAAAUUUGGAUGGGUAAGUAUACCAAACAUUUGAUGAUGACGCAAUGCCUGCUCUCGGCCUUCCAUUAUCCCAUUCCAAAAAACGUCAAAAGAAUUAGUGUCACGAUUUGGGUUAGGAUUAGAGUAAGAUUUGGAGUAAGCUUGGAGAUAAGAUACGGAUUGGGAAUAGAGUUUUAUAUAAUAACUACAGUGAAACACGCAAUUUCAUUGGUCGAUAGCCGUGCAUGAGGAUCAGGCUAUCCUGCACGAGGAAUUAACAUGCCUUCGCGGGAUUUUCGCGGGAUUCUCAAAAUGUCAUUGUUUCACUGUAGUUAUUUUAUAAAACAAUUACCAAAUGGUUUUCCAAGCAGGACAGCGUGAUCCAUGCACUUGGAAUGUUGCUCGACUUUCGGAAAGCGUAAAAAUACACUCGCCUGCGGCUCGAGUAUUUUUGCGCUUUCCGAAAGUCUCGCGACAUUCCUCGUGCAUGGAACACGCAAUCCUGCACGGAAAACCAUUCGGUAUUCCUUUAAUGAUAAGGAAUUAAGAUUGUAAAGACAGACAGUUUAAAGCUAAAGAGGGUAUCUUCACUGGAAGUUGAAGGGAAUGCAAAUCAAAAUGCAACUAUAUGCCUUCUGACAAGAAUCGAACCUGCCACCCCGCGAGUCCGGUGCAGCGCUCUAACCAACUGAGCUACAGAGGCUAGUUGUCGAGCGCAAGUCUCUCUAUCAAAUGGAAAUUAAUAUGGAAAUUGAAACGACUCGCACAUGGGAAGAGUAUCUGUGAUGACAUGCUUCUGUGUAUAAAUAAAGAUUACUCACUUACUAACCCGAACUUAAUCAGUUUCAGACGUUUGCGUUACAAUGCAUACGAUCUUUGCAUUUUUAUAGGCUAUGAUGAAUUCAUGUUUGCAAAAGUCAUGUCCGUUUGGCUUUGCUUUUCAUCCGCUGGUAAAGAGUGCUCAAACGGAUACCUAUGGACCAUUCAGGUAAUAUAUAUCUGACUCCCGCCCAAAAAGAAAGAUUUAUCCAUGAAGUGACGUGCCUAGUAACCCUAACUAUUCCAGUCCACGAAAGCAUUGAAUGACACAAAGUAACGAAGUACUGAUUAGAAUGAAGUAAUGGCGAGUAUUGUGAUAAUCUUUGUUCUAUUCUAUGAAAUGAUAUAACUAUAUUGUCUAUACAAAAGUUCUUUUCAUAAACAAAAUGAGAUUAUGGAAAAUCGCAUGUCUAAAUUAUUUAACAAGUUCGUUUGCAUGAGACCAACUUUGGACGAGACCAAUUUAUAUUUACAAUCAUGGUUUAUUUCAACCAGUUUUAGCACCACUGGAAGUAUAUCUGGAAUGGAACACAACUCAACUGCAUUUGUUGGAUGUGACAACGGUCAUGUAAGUAACAUUAGAAUUAGGCACACGGUCAAAAGAACACCAAAAACAGUUUUAACCUUGGAGGAAAUCAGCUCUGGCCGACCACCUAUGUCCAAUAAAACAUACAGUUGCUUGGAAAGACACAAAGGAGCCGGUUGUUUAAAGCUACAUCAGCACUAACCCCUUGUUAGCAAAUUACAAAAUAACAACUUAUAAGUUUUAAUAUAUAUCCAAACUCCACUAUAUUAAGUGCGACUGCUCGACUAAAAGUAAGUCUUCCAUUACUUAUUUUUGAUCUUUGAAUGUUUGCAUGGCGAUAAAAUAUAAUUGUUUUUGUUUGUGGGAUCGAAAGCUUUGCAGUAAUAAAUUUAUGUGGUGUUUCCACAAACAAAAACAAUUAUUACUUAUUUUUGGUUGGUGUAUUUUUUAAUACAUUAAAAUUUAUCUAUUUCUGAGUGAGACUUAUAAUACAAUAGCCGAAUUCAUAUUAGAAGACGGAUUUCCGUCUCAGACGAGAAACUCGUCUUGAUAUAAAUUCGGUUAACGACGGGUUUUCCGUCUCAACUCUUCCGUCUAACUUUCCCGUCUGAACGACGGGAAAGUUAGACGAGUUUCUCGUCUUAGACGGAAAUCCGUCUUAAAUCCGUCUUAAAUUUAUAUCAGACGAAUAAAUCAAGACGGGUUUCUGCUCGUGACGUUCAAAAGAGACUGGGAUGGAGGAUCUCCUAUUUUUUCGGGUUUAUCCGUCCGAUGGUUUUCGUUUCAUAUUUAUACCAGACGGAAAUCCGUCACACGAGUUUCCCGUCUUAGACGGAAAUCCGUCUUCUAAUAUGAAUUCAGCUAAUGAAUACGUUCUUUAUAUUGUCAGUGUUGUGGUUGUUACGGUCCAGCGGGAGGGACCAAAAAUUACUGCGCGCAGAAUUGUAACGCCAUAAAUGGUGGUGUAGUCACCAAGAACGUGUUUACUUGGUUUUGGGUGCGAUCCAGUCUUCCUAAGAGACUUUGGAAAAAAUGUAUGGAUUAUCAAGUGAAGAGAAAUGACGGGAAAUUGAUCUCGUACAAGUUGGUUGGACACAAUGUUGUUCCUAUUGAGGUAAAAUUUUCCUAAAUCGCUGUUCACACUACUCACUAGCUUUUGCCGAUUGCCAUUCAUGACAACAUAUAAGUAUCUAGUAGUUACUUUUUCCUUCAAAAAGAAGAAAAAACCACACAUGCUAAAUAGAUUAAUACCUACAAUCAUUUUCAAGUGCUUUGGGGCAGCUGCCUUAAAUACUUAUAACUUUAACAAACUUCAAAAUUAUUGAAUUUUGUAUCUGAGUAUCUCCCCGCUCAAUGUUCAAUGUUGCGCCUGUUUUAUUUGAUGCGUGCAGUUGAUUCCCAACUGAUUGAUUGAGAAGGGAGGGGGAGAAGAUUAAUGCGUGAAACAAACUGCAAAGAUUGUCUUAUCUUGAACAAAAGAACUAAAUGAAAAUACAAACAAAAGCACCAAAUUUUGGUUGAAAGUCUAGCAGGACUGGGCUUUGGCGAGAGAAUAUGUUGACAUUGAGAAGUACGUAUCCAAUUUUGUCAUGCUAAUAAUAAACAAGUAAUCAUGCGAUGUUGCUCGUACAAUUAGGGAUUAAUAGCACUCGUGAUGAUUGGAAAUUUGCCAAAUUGGACUCGCCCAGGCGGCUCGUCCAAUUUUGGCAAAAUUUCCAAACAUCACUUGUACUAUUAAUCCCUAAUUGUACUCGCCAUCGCAUGAUUACCUAUACAAAUAUCUCUUUAAUAUAAGAUUAAAACUAAAGAUUAAAACUCGUAUUUCUAUAGCGCAAAUUUACGUGUGAAUAUGAUAAAUGCGCUUUACAUCAAGUAUUACGUUUAUACCUAAUUACAUAUUCAGCCUAGAUUAUUUUACCUUUACAACAAUUGUGAUAUAUUAAUUACUUUCUUAACUGUGUUUAUCCUAACCCACCCUGUCAACUUUCCCUGUGGGAGGAAACCGGAGCACCAGGAGAAAACCCACGACUUUGACAGCAGAGCCGGUUGACUGACUCUUUUCACAUGAGUCCGUAGAGAAAAUCGAACCCACGAUCUCAGAAGUGGAAGCUCUGACAACUGCGCCACCGUAACCCCCUUAUACAAUAAAAUGUUAAUACUAGUAGGCUUAUUUAAUUAUUACAAUUUUUUUGACACCUUAGGGUCGUUGCAAUAAAGCCUCAGCUCUACUACACGAUGGGGUGAGUAUAUAUAUAUAUAUAUAUAUAUAUAUAUAUUCAACAAUAAUCUUCUAUUCGUAAAAAUAAGACAUUGCAAAGUAAGUGAAUAAUUCAUAAUAAAUUUUCCCUAAUACAGAUUGUAGUCGUCCCAGACAACACAACCGCACAGAAGGUGCCUGACAUUGAUGGUUUGUUGGAAUAUCGGAAAGACAUGCAAGAACUUUAUGUAAGAUCGAACAAAACAUGGAAUGCAAUUGUCUUAGAGGAGAAGGUAGGCCAAUGUUUUCCUUAGUAAAAUUCAUUGUAACGUUAAAUUCAUUGUUACUGAUUAUGUGCACAAAUGUGUUAAUAAUUUGAGAGUUUGCAUGGUUAAAUAUAAAAAGACAAUUAAAACUCAUCGUUUUAGCAAAGCAUUCCCGGAAAUUGCGCUGAAGAAUAGCUCAUUUUGUUUUGGUAUACUAUGUACUUUGACUUCUAAUAAAGGCUCAAAUUUAUGAAUUAAACUGUUUUUAAUACUACUUAAAUCACGUAAUACUGUUUUAAGUCUUACGUUUUUUCUUUACUUCAAAUUUUUACGUACUAAUAAAUUAACAAUAUUCUGGAAUAAUUCAAUAGUUCGCCUCAUUAACGUUCAUUACACAUCAACAUGUACAACCUAUAUACACAUGCUCAACUUAACAGUUGAUUAUCAAUGGCGCAAUCAUCGGAGCGCGCGCCUUCCACCUCUGACAUCGUGGGUUCAAAUCCAGUUUGGGACGACUUAUAAUAGCCAUCGGUAAGAAACGUUAGUCAACGUUCUGCCGAAAGUCGUGAGUUUCCCCCGGGUACUCCGGUUUCCUUCUGCAGGGAAUGUUGACAGAGUUGGUUUUAGGAUUUUCCCUGAGAAGUAACCCUUCCAUCGUAGCUGUGCAACGUGAUGGCGAGUCAAAGUUGCUGUUAUAUGCGCCCUUAGAAAGCUUUGCACUCGAUCAUCCGAUCGUACUUUCGAUUCGUAAGUCCAGGUUGUUAAUUAUCACUGCAAAUAAUAUAUUUUGUGAACUUCUAGAAUAUGGCGUAUACGAUUAAUUUAUAUUUUGUUGUGUUUAGGUUAAUAAAAGAAUAACCCAGUUGGAAACCAUGAUGAAGGAAAUCGAAAAAAAUCUCUCCCAAUGAGUAAUUAAGUGCUUUUUGUGUCUUCUGCCUGCGACAAUGCUAGUAUGGUUAAUGACUGUGCUACUUUGCAGUAAUAGAAACAGUAAUAAUUGUAAAGCCAGACUUCACAGUGGUGUUACCUAGUGACUUAGAUCACCUCUAAUGAAGACACUGGACUGGAGUGUCGAAAUGUUUGUUCGCGUGAAUUCAAUUUAGUCGAAGAUUACAUUAUUACAUGUCAAUUUACUCAGUUACUAGCCUACAUGUGAACGACAAACGUUAAUAUACGCAUGUAAUCAUAGCAUUAUCAUCGCAUGGAACGCAUUAACCUCAACAGAUAAAUCAGGACCGCAACUUCAUGCAUGAUUCUUAAUGUCGUUUUAUCUUUCUCUAGUUUUCGGAUAUCAUAAAGAAUGUCUUGGAUACAAGUGGUUGAGAGAAAGCAACAGAAACUUGGAACACUCCACAACGAGCAAUCUCUUAUGUGACACAAACCUUUCUGGCUGGUACAGAUUCGGUGGAAGUGCUGGCGUGAAAAUAGCGAGUAGGUGUCCAACUAGUGUAGGUCAUAGAUGUCAAGGUGAUUUCUUCGGUUGGAUGACAUCUUCGCAUCCUACAGUCGAAGACGGGAAGGUCAGUCGUGUAGUGUGUUUCAGUCAUGGUGUCACCUGCUGCAACUGGAGACAAAGGAUCGAGGUUAUUAAUUGUGGUUUGUAUUAUAUCUACAAACUUGCCCGUCCUUCUCGAUGUAAAGCAAGAUACUGUGGUACACAUUAAUGAAAAGAACCUCUUUGAUGUGGACAAUCCGGUACAUAGAAAACAUUCUUAUUGCUAUCUAGCUAAUUUGGACGCUAGUACAAGAGAUAUUGGAAACCACAUAGCCUCAGAAGUAGUGAAAAAUUAGAAUGCAAAGUAGAGAAAAUGUAUAAUCUUUUUCUUAUUAUUUUAGGUUAAGAACUAUAGGUUGUCAUUUUAAAUCGUGGUGUUUAAUAUAAACGAUAACAUUUUUAAAAAAAUCCAGACUCCAGAGCAAUAUGUCUGUAAACAUUUUUUAGAAUCAAUAGAAUGGACAUCCGAUGUCUAUUUGGCUAGUGUCCAAAUGUGUAACGUUUGCUGUAAGACCAGCAAGGCACUACGACCUACACAGUCGCUUUUGAGACCUCUAUUUACAGUAACAAAAUUUAUACCGUUUCCAUAUGACAACAUUUCAAUGACAUAUUAUAAGAAUAUUACAAAUAUCUGAAGCAGAGGCAGAACAGAAACGUACGCGUGAAAUGAAACUGCGCUCGAACCCCGAGAGAAUAAAAGGGCAAAUAUUUCAAAGCAUACGAUCAUACAUUUUCGUUGCUUGAUUUCUGACUGGUCUGUUGCUAUAAGAAUCUGCAUUUUAGCAUGUUUGUAUGAAUUUAGAAGCACACAAUUUAGCAAGCGUUUAGAAGUAUAUAUGAUUAUCAAAGAUGAUUAUACAGAACGGCCACUCCUUGCAAACGAAGUGUGAAGUGCGGAAGUGGAAACAUGUAAUGUGAGACUUUCCCAUCCCCCGCUUAGGCUAUCAAUUUUUAUGGCUCACGUGACCAGCUCCAGACAGGGUCUUUCCUCCACAAGACGGAAGAGCCUGGGAACGAGGUUGUAUCGAUUCUGGCAAGAAAUAUCGAUGUUUCGAUAUUUCUGCGCCUGCGAUAUAUUUUUCAUUUUGGUCAGCGGCCUGAUCAUUAAAAUUAUACCAAAAAGCCUAAAUAGGCGUAAAUACUAUAGAAG